AUGGAAGCCAGAGCAGAGGCGGUCGAGAUGACCCUAGAAGGUACCGUUGAAGCUCUGAGCUGGAAGCGGGCCAAGGCUGAGGAACUGGCAGACGCUGCAGCAGCCAGUGAAGCCGAUUGUCGGCCGCUGGAGUUGGAAGCGUUGCUACAGAGGCUGCGCUCUUGUGGAGCGCGAGGGGACGAUGAAGACUACAUCUCCGAGCUCUUCGCUGCCUGGGCGGCGCCAGGUGAGAACGGCAAGAUGUUGUCGUUAAGUGAUUUCCUUCUGCGGUACCUUGAGAUUGCACGGCGGCUCCCGAGCAAGCAGUGUGGUGCACCCUGUGAAGGUGGCCUUCCUCCAGGCUCUGAGCCUUUGGAACGAGAGUUGGUUCGGUUGGUCUCGCGCGAUGGCAAGGGCAAUUGGGCAGCGAAAGCGGCAGAGCUUUCCAGCUCAUUCCCAGCCUCUACGGCGGAAUCGUUGGAGGCACUAUGGCAUGCUUUAGCCCCCAAGAUCAAGAAGGUGGUAGACGGUGACCAGCCCAUGGCGUGUGGCCACAGCUGCAGCACCUGUCCGACCAAGCACACAUGUCAGGUUCAUGAUGCCAUCAAGGACAUCGAAGACCUGUAA